AUGUCCAUAGACUCAGCUCAGCGAAAGGGUAGCCAAUGCAGCUUCGUCGCUGGUGCGAUCAGCAUCGGCGAGGACUGCUUCAUUGGUGGCGACACGAUAAUCAUGCCAUUCCGGAAGAUCGGUAGAGGCGUGGUCGUCGGUGCUGGCUCUGUGGUUACCAAGGACGUCAAAGAGAACACAGUAGUUGGGGGGAAUCCGGCCAAGUUCAUGCGUAGAAUUGAGCCAGGCCCAAAUGUGGAUAAACAUCAUCCUGAUAUCGAAGAACAGAACGAAAGGAUGAAGCAUGAGUUGCACGAGAACGAUAAGCGCGGACAGGACAGAUGA